AGAGCACUGUUAAAUAAAUAUAUAUACAUUACUGGAUAAAUUUAAAAUUAUAUCAAUAAAUUUCACACCCGUUUAAAUACGGAAAGGACUAAUUAAUAAAUAUCUCUAUAAAGACAUUGCUCCAAUCAAUCCAGAGUUAAAAAUCUUAAUAAAACUUGUGGAAAAAUUAACUAAAGUUUAGCCAAAAGGAGGAUAACAAUUUUUCCAACGGUUGGAUACAUAAAUUUUACCCAAUUUUUGUCUCAUCCUCUUUUUUACUCAGGCUUUGGUGACCUAGACACAUACAUAAAUUCCAUCCAAAAUGCGGGGGGAUUUGAUGCGACAAAAAAACAAUAAGCUUACCAAACUUGCCGACACGCAGCGACCCAGUAGCGCCUACCUGACCGCGGGUGGACUAGUUAUCCACGACAUUCUUGAAAGUAUCCGAAAAUCGGAUGAGAUCAGUUUGGACCGCGCCCGUAAAGCGGGCAGCAUGGGGAAGGGGACCGCUCUUGGGGACGAAUUCAGUCCAGACUUUGACGUGGUCUGCUUCGUUAAUGGACACGAGCCCCCAUUCUCCAAGGAACUCAUUCAGGCUUUUCUCCGAACCGUGAAAAAUGCGGGUCGGACGACAGCAUGGACAAUCUUGCGGACUGAUUUCACCCAACAUUCGGUCGAGGUCAUAGUCGAAGUUGGCCCUUUUAAAUUUAAAUUGGACGUCCUACCGGCGGCAAAUUUCGUGCAGGGCGACCACCUUUUGACUGCCCAAGAAAGAGAGGCCACUCAGUCGAAAGAGGGUUCAAAGCGGAUGAAGACGCGUUGCAAAAACCAGAGGGAAAGAAGCAAUUUUUCCACGAGUUUGGCCGAGGCGACAGUUUCGUUUGUUAAGGGGGUUCCCUUAAAUAUUUCCCGGGUCAUUCGCAUCGCCAAGUAUUGGGAUAAGCAUGUCGACCUGGGACUUGAACGGGACGACGUGCGCUUAUCUGGGAGAUCUUAUCUUAUCGAGUUGGUCGCCAUGGGGUCCAACAGGAAGAAAACGAAUCGCGGUCUACAAGGACGGUUCAGCCGUUUCCUCCGCCAAAUGCAGACACUCUCCUCGGCGAGGAUCAUUUUUACGGAAAAUUAUCCGGUGUCAAAAAUUCCUGAAAAUAUUUUUGCCCAAUCCCCCCUGAUUUUGGAUCCGAUCAACCCCUACAAUAAUUUAGGGUAUCAACUGGCAAAACCGGAAAUGGUAAAUGUCCUGCAACGUUGGCGAACAGCGGCUGAAAGAACCUUGGACUUUAUUCAAGCAAGAAAUGUGGAUGUGGAAUCCUGGUUUCAAAAUUUAUAAAUUUUCCCAGAAGUUAUUCAUAUUUUAUAGAAAAUGAAAUUCACUUAUACAUAGAUACAAGUUCUGACAAGGUACAGAUAAGUUUAUCUGCAAACAUAAUUAUGCACAAUUUUGGCAUAGCAAUAAGUUAAGUAGGUAUGUAUGUAUUUUGGGAGGAGGGCUCCUCUUGUUGGAGGAGCCCAAUGCUCAGAUCAUCCAUCAGAUCCAUUGCAUAUCCUCUUACUUACACCGUAUGACAGUGGCUAUCUAGUUGCUCAGGUGUAAUCCCCAUAUCUAUUGAUGAGAUAUGGGGAUCGAGAAACCAUUUAAGGAUAGUAAGACAGGAAGAGACGCCGGCUUGCCGUAAGCACCACCACUCACCCCUGCACUUACGGGGCCAGUCCCACUCCGCCUAUCCUCUACCCACCACUGCCUAUUCAAUCUUAAUGUAUGCCCCUUUGGACGCGAAUACUGCCACGGAAAGGCAGCAUGCUCAGUCCACUCUACUGAGUGUCCAGCUACAAUGUGUGUAACUGGCACCCAGGGAGGGCUGCCCCAGCUGCCGAGAUAUGAGGGAUCGAACCAUAGACCUUCCGAGUGCCGAAAGCCACCGGUUCUCACCCCCAAGCCAAACAGCCAGGGCCAAGUAGGUAUGUAAAUAAAUAUGCUUUUGAAAAAUGUACCGCAUAUUUAUUUAUCCAACUUGUUUAUUAUUUACACUCUUAAAAAUAUUCUUCACUUUAGGAAGAUAAAUGUAUUUUAUAUUACAAAUUAAUAAAUUAAUAAAUUAACAAAUUAAUAAAUUGCACUGAAUCCAGAGUAAACUUGACUUCUUAGCAGGUUUUCGUUACUCUGGAAUUUCCUUAGUACAGUUUAUUUAAUAUUUAGAAUUAGAAUGUAUAUAUUUAUAUAUGUAAUUGCUUUUUAGGAUUAUUUAUUAGCGUGUGCAUUUACAUACACAUCCAACUUAUUUGUUAUCCACCCAUUCAUUUAGUGAAUGUCACAAGUAUUUGCUUUCACAAAGGAAGAUAACAGAUCCAAUAAAGUAUACAUAAACCGUGA